CGCAACGUUAAUGUCACGAACAAAUUUAGCCGGUUUACAGAGUAGUUUUUAACAAACUGUUGAGUGAAAACUAAAACGUCAAACCAAUAUCAGUAGUUGUAAAAAACAUGUAAUUUCCACACAAUCGAGCUCUUGAUCACUGAGUCGAGAUGAUUUGAAACUUUUGCAAUAGGGUGUGUACGACGAUUUUGAUCUUAUGCUAUCGAGCAACCGUAUAUUUUUUACUUAACCUAAAGACCCAACAGUCUUAACCUCAUCCUUUUGUCAUCAUCAUGCAAAAGGAGCCAAAACCAGGAACUCCCAAAUCCAACAGUGCGAAAAAGGGUCGAACAACUGGGACUCCCGAACACCGAUCGAGAAAUAUAUCCGGCGAAACCCCCAUGCCAAGUAUGACUCGCACGAGCAAUCUACGUCAAAGGGCAACUAUGCUACCCGGUGAUUUUUUCAUUCCACCUGGGUUGGUCACCAAAAGACGCAUAGGCAAUGCGAUGAAGCUCAAUUCAACUAUAUCGCAGACCCCGGCUCAAGCACCCAUGAAAUCAGAUCUGGAAACUCCUGACAACGAGUUGGGCCUGCUAUAUGAUAAAUACCUACAGUCCAAGGCAAUAGAUAUCAUAAUUCGGAAGAACAUAGCAGAAAAAGAACGUCUAAUGACGAUUCAAAUGGUGGCAACUGCCAGGGAGAGGAGCAUUGUCAAAAAUAAACUAGAGAAGGCUAAGACGAGAGAAAAUGAUAUAAGAAAGUCAAACAUUAUGCAAGCCAGCAUAGACCAGCAGUCCUCUGAACUUAACGCAUGUUUUGACGAUCUUCGUGAAAAUAAAGUGAAAGAAAAGCUCAUGGAACUGAAAACAUUACUUGAGCCAUUAGAUGAAUUACGCUGCCAUGGAAUAAUAAUCCCAAAAGACCCGGAAGCCUUUCAGGAGUUUCUCAAACGUCUGGAAGCUAUCGGGGAGGUGCUGAGUCGCAUCAAAGAAUCUUGCGGUGACAAGGGUGAAGUCUACCAAGAUGUUGAAAAAGGAUUGAACAGCUUGAGGAUGAAACACAUAGAAAUUGAAUGCGUGAAAAAGAAAUUUGACGAAGUCCUAUGCGAACUGCAGGUGCUGGUUCUGAAAAACGCCUCGCAAUCUCUUUCCCAGAACUGUGUCGAUGAAAUGAGCUGAAUACCCCCGAAUUUCCGUGAGACUGAUGGAAGACCAAUUAAUUUUAACCCAUCACCUCAUGAUCAGUGUUGUAUAUGAGAGUAGAAUGAAUUUUAUAUAUAUUUUGUACAAACUCUUUUCAUAUAAUAAAUUAUGUCUUCUAUCCGAAAAA